CGCAGGCUACCAUUUAGUAAAUGCGCAUGUGUUUUUAAAAAUAAUUUUUUAAGCUUACUUUGGGGCUGCCAAGGUAAUCUUAUAGAGGGCGCACGUUGUUGUGACGGACCGUUUUGAACCUUUCUGAGGCACUACGUCCACCACGUAAGAGCGACCGUGCCUUGGUUCGACAGCGCGCCGAUAAUUGUGCGUUGAACUCCGGCUCUUACCAUCUCGGCGCUGGUCACUAGAAGUGACUAUCGAGUAACAUGUCCGCUACAUGUGGUGGCAGCUACAGCACGAGCAGCGGAACGUCCGCACAGUGUAUGGUGGAGGCCGAUGAUGCCCCGCCGCAGCGGCGCCGUAUGACGCGCCGCGAAGACAGCCGCGCUCCGGCAGUGCCUGAAGCGGCGUGGAAUGAACGGCGACGCCGAGACGUCGCCAAAGGCGAUGGCAACGAGAAGCUGGUCCACGAUAGUGGCACAGCGUCCGGCGAAGUGGUGAAAUAUUCGAAGUUUGGCCAGUGCUGCAGCUACGACGUCACCCGGGGCGCCUUGGAGAUGCAAACGGCAGAGAGGGACAAGUCGGACAUAACCGUGACCAGCUCCGGCAGCUUCCCUUGUCUGCACAUUGCUUUGAGCGGGCUAAAAGAAGACCUCAGGUACUACCUGGCCAUAGAACUCGUGGAAAUGAGAAGUGGUGGCGGUGACAUGUUCUCUCCUAUGGAAUACUCAGAUCCAUACUACAUUCCACGUCGGAACCACCUUAAAGGAGAACAGUGGAUGAAGAAGCCGCGGUACUACAACCUAUCGGCUAUCGUCAACGGUUGGCUCGAGAUGUACAAUUGUAUGCUCAAGGACGGCGGCGAGUACGUGCCAACUGUGCGCCUUCAGGAGCACCCGGAAUCCAUGGCGGCAUUGUCUCAGGUUGUCAUCCGCUUCGAGCUGCAAGCGUCCGCUUUCAUCAUCUCUUCAGACAUGACCAAACAGAGACGAAAUGGAUCCUCACCUAUGAAACGUAAGAUUCUACUGCGGCUGAAAUCCGACACUACCACCAGAGAACGGGAAGCCUCAAGCAAAGAAUCUACGCCCCUUAGUCCUGAGUCAUCUGAGACGCUUCCUGACAGCCGGCGCCUGCCCACUAGCCUGGAAAAAACGACAGAUCGAUCGCCUUCACCAGCAACGCUUCCCGACAGCCAGCGCCUGGCCACUAGGUUGGAAAAAAUGGCAGCUCGAGCGCCUUCACAGGCACCGCUUCCUGACAGCUGGUGCCUGCCGACUAGCACGGUACUUCCGCAGACCCCUGUCCAUGUUGUGUUGACAGAAGUGGCUCCUUCGUGGUGCCCGAGAUACAGCAGCACCUUGCAACAGUGGCUAUCAUCUACACAGGCUAAUCAGCAGGCUAACGCAUACCGACAAAGCUCCGCUUCACGAGAGCUAUGUCGCAUCUUUCAGCGAGCCUGGACAGUGGGCUGCCCAAUAUGUCCAACGUGUCAAGCGUCUCAUCGAAACCUAUAGGACAUUCCGAAUGGCGGCGGGAGUUGCCAGCUGAGCGUUGCAAGCAGGCUGCCUAUUGAACAAGCCAAGUGCCAGUUCCGGUCCUCGUAUUUCCACAAUGCGGCGUCGACGUCGCCUUGACUGUUUUGCAGCUCUGCUAGCAUUCGCAAAACAUCGUCAUGGCCGCAACUUUCACUCCUGUUCUCUCUGGCUUCAGUAUAUGCAUGAGACAGGUGCGUGAGCUGUCCGCUGACAUCAAUCCCCUACCAUUUUUUUUAACCUAGGACCAGAGCAACUUGUGUAUAAGCCUGUGUUUUUAUUGUAUCUUAACUUGUAGCUGCACAAAGAAACAUGCGUAGAUGCAAGGGAUAGCAAACACCAGAAGUGUCCCACUUUUCAUAUAGUCGCUUUCCAUCACGCUGUUAAAGAUUCCAUAUUUCAUAGUCACCAGAAACUGGUUUUCGACAAGCAGUUCUUAGCAUGACGCCACCGAUGAAAGUGGUGACGUCUGGAAUGUCGAGCAUACGCAACAUGUUAUCUUGUGCAGUGGUACCGACGUCAGCAAAUAAAGUGCACAAUGCUGGUUUUA